AUGGACGCACUCAAGAUCACCCGCGCCAGCGCCCAGCUGCUGGAGGAAACCAAAAACGAGGGGAACGAACUGUUCCGGAGCAAAAAGUACGAAGAGGCUCUGGGCGUUUACCUGGGCGCCAUCGCACAGCUCUGUGGUGAGCCAGUCGAUUCGAAGAAGGUUCAAAGCUGCGUCCAGUUCUUUCUCCAAGAGGGGGCAAAAAAGGAGGUGGACGCAUCCGAAGGUACCAAUGCAGAUCCCCCCCACCUCAAGCAGCACGUGAAAGACCUGUUCACCAAAAUAUGCCACAACGUAUCUCUGUGCUAUUACUUCCUAGACCGACUGCAGGAGGCAAUCGAUUAUUCCUCGCACGUAAGCGAGAUGGAUGGGUGUCACUACAAGAGCUACCACACGUUGGGGCUGUGCUAUGAGAAGUUAAAGAAUUACAAGAAGUGCGUGGAGUGCUUUGAGCGCUGCAAGGUGGUCCUCUUGAAGGGGGCCACCCCAAGUAGCGCCACGAACGCUUCUAUCCCGGGUAGCACCACUAACACUUCCACCGCUGCUAAUACCCACUUGCGGAACGAAGUGAACCGAAUCGACGACAAGCUGAAGAGGCUACUCAGCCAAAUGGAGGAACAAAAGCAGCAGGAGGGAGCGGCCACCCCCAUCGAUGUGGCCAAAAAGGUUAUUCUGGAUGAUGCCAGCGGGGAGGACGAGAAGGUAAAAAUGAUCCACAGCAUUUACAAGCACAGAAUACACACCCUGUUGAGGGGAAAUAUUUUCCACUUUUUCUCCCAAGUGUUGACCCAUGAAGGGAGCAACUCCCUGGCGGUUGAGAAGGCCUGUCUGCACGUCACCUACAAACUGGUUUCUAAAAUGGAGAGAGAUGCAGGGGAAACUUCCCAAAGCAGCAACGUGUGCAUCAACAAGGUGAGUGACACGAAGAUGGAGUAUUACUACCACCCCGAUUUUGUGAAAACGAUUUUGGCCUUCCACCAGGCCUUCGACGAGCAGUGGAUUAGCGGCUAUGUGAAGGGGAAGGUGAGCAAAAUGGAAGCCCUCAAAUUUGAGAGAGAGAAAAAGGAGAAGAAGGAGAGCUACCAACUGGUGAAGGACAUCCUCAUCUUCAUCAUCCACAUUGUAAAGUACAUCCAUGUAGUGACAAAUGAAAAGGUGGUCAGAAUGAUCAACAAGUACUUUCUCUCUAAUGAUGAUGCAGACAUCGCCAGCAGCGCACUCGACGCGAUUAUUUUCCUCUGCAAAAAAAAGAAAUUCUUUAUACAGAGGAGAAACACAAAUAGGGGGAAAAACUCAACCCAUUUUUUACACACCUUAAGGGAAGAGGCCCAAGUGGAUGUCCUAAACGAUCUGAUUGACGCCCACUUUGGGGACGUCUGCAAGCACCCCCUCUGUGCCAGCCUCGAAAUCAAGGCAACCAUUCAGCAGUGCAUUAGUAUGCAUGAGAAUUUCGCCAGCGACGUGGAGUACGCCCUGGUCCUCAUCCUCUCCCUGCUGAAUGACAAAAACAGACCAAGUGAAAAGGACACCGAAAUGAACGACUUGAUUUAUGAGUGCGUCGAUUUGUAUUUCAAACCGGAAGACAUCGGCGUGGAGUGGUUCCUCUCGAUGAAGUGCCUCUUCCUGGUGGACAAAAGUAUCCCCCUCAACUACCUAAUUGGGAAAAACCAAUACAUGGGCGAUCUACUAACCUUCAUUAACCACUCCGUGGGAAGGAAGCCAAAGAAAGACGUCUGCCUCUUCAUCGACGUCCUGCUGCUCCUUCUGAACAUCCCAGAGCUGCGCUUCAUGAUGAACAGCUACAUCGAUGUGUACACCAACAUUUUGAGGUCCCUUCCCUAUGACGAGAACUUUUUGAAGUUCCUCGUUGGCUGCUUCAAACUGUAUAUGCACAGCAGAGAGUUCAAGGAGGAAAUUGCCAAGCGAGUCGACUUGUUCGCCUACGCCAAGGAGGUGUUGAAGCGCUUCCUGGUGCGCGGAGAGCUGAGCAAACUGCCUGAGGAUGGUCCCACUCAGAAGGACCUGCCCACCCGUUCGCACAAGCGGGAGUUUCUUGAGUCGCCCGAUCAGACCGCGGCCGUCGCGGCCUCCACUGCCGCUGCAAACCCCUCGCACAGCGGCAGAAAGGACUGCGAGCUGGUGAGCAAAACGGCGAGGCAGCCAACGGGCGCUUCCCCACAUGGCAGCGCGCACUACGACGUGCACGCGCUGAAGGACAUCAUCGAAAUGCUCUUCUACCUCAGCCUGCACAUCGAAUUUAAGAAGCAGCUUCUCCAGCAGGACAACCACCACAUCCUCUUCUUCCUCAUCAAAGCCGGAGAUGACAUUAACAGAAAGAAGCUAGAUAACACCUACAAGUACAUUUACUGCAACACCAUCAACAAUUUAAUAUUAACAAGAAAAGAUGAACAGGUCAGGCGAAGAGAAAUUAACAAAGCCAAUUUGGCUAACUUUGACUCUGAGCAAAUUGAAGCCCUGGAACAGUUCUACGAAAAGUUGCCCACAGCGGCCAAACCGAACACGGACCCUCUGUAUGACUAUGGAGAUGAGGAAACGAGCAACCGGUUGGUUAACUUGUUGAUUUAUAAUGAGAAAUAUGCAUCGAAGGGGAAUGCAAAAGGGUGUGAAGAGGUUACGCCGCCGAAAGGGUGUGAAGAGGUCAUCCCGCUGAAAGGGCGUGAAGAGACUACCCCUCCCAACUGGGGCAAGUUCAAAAACGGCGCAAUAGUCAACACCAUAUACAAUUUCAUCAACACCAAUUUUUUCACGACCAACAUAGCAGAAGCUGUGUGCGAAAUCAUUUCCAAAUUUGUGAGAGACACGAAGAACACUGGCCUGGUGCUUGUGAACAACGGGUUGAAGACCCUCCUGCUGGCGUCCAAACAUAUUGGCAAUAAAAAAAACUGCGCCCUAGCUUUGAGCGAAAUUUUUAUUUACACGAACCCCAAGUUGAUUCAUUUUUACGAGGCAUAUGAUUCGCUGCCGCUGCUCAUUCAGCAGCUGGGUAGCGAAGACCAACUGCUGGUGUUCAAGUCCCUAAUGGCCAUAACGAAUAUACUGACCAUUGACGAGAACGUAGCCAUCAAGGCCAUGCAACUGAAUUUGUGGAACAAAUGCUUCGACAUCCUCGCAACGGAAAAUGAGUCCAUAAGGUCGGCCAGCUUAGAGUGCAUAUGCAACUUAUGUUCCCAGCCGCACGUCCAUCAGUACGUGUAUGAUAAGUAUAAAAAAAUUACCGAGGGGGAAGGAAAAGAUGAACAAAUCAAUUUCGUAGACAUACAAAUCAUGUUCUCUUUUACCAUGGAGAAGGAAAAUUACAAGGCCGUUUAUGCUUCCACUGGGGCACUUGGUAUGCUCUCCUCUGAUUUGCGGCUCCCCACGUUUUUAACUCGGACAAAGGGCUUCCACCACGUUUUCAACGCGUUGAAAGAAACGAACGAUGAGCAGAUUUUACUCCGCAUUUUAACCUUUUUCAACAACGUCAUACUGGGCGAAGAUGUCCCAGCGGAUGAUGUGAAGCGGGUGCGGGACGCCGUUCGGGGCAAGGCCGGCCUGAAUGGCGAAAAUGCGCAAAUUGCGCAGUUUAUUCUGCAGUGA